AUGAGCACCCCAGCCAAAGAAUAUCCGAUCUUAUGGUGGAAACAGGAAGGCAGAGAAGGCAUUGACGGCUGGGAGGUCACUGGCUGCGACCUUCCCUACACCUGCCGGAAUUCCCUGAACGAGUCGUACUGGGACCAGUCGCCGCUUGUCCUUGUCAACGUUGGCCAGGUUGAACAUGGUCUGCCGCCCCAGGAGGAAUUUGACGCUGGCAAGAAGGCAAUGAUCUUUUACGGAGCGGAGGCACCCAAGUACUUUGAACGGGAUCCCAAGAUCAUCGGCCGGUUCACAUACAGGUUCACAUUCAACCCAACAUCUGAUUAUGUCGUUCCAUAUUUUGACACCGACAUAAUCGACAUGGUCCUCCAGCCACCACCAGUGUCCCUCGAGCACAAGAACACCAUGAGGAAGCAAGGAUUCGUCAACAGCCAGGGGAAAGGGCUCGCGCCAAUUGCAUGGAUCGUCAGCAACUGCGACUCGUUCAGCGGCCGCCAUUUCUACGUCUACCAGCUCCAAAAGUACAUCGACAUUGACAUCUACGGCCACUGCAACCCGACACGGCCCUGGCCCACGGACAUCAAUGGCAGGGAUCUCUCUCCCGAGCAGAUUGUCCAACAGUACAAGUUUUACCUGGCAAUUGAAAACAACAACUGCGACUACUAUGUGACAGAGAAGCUGCAGCGGGCGUACAAGGCAGCGGCCAUCCCCAUUGUCGAUGGCCCCAAGGAUUAUAGCGCCUUUGCAGCCACUCGCAUCGCUCUCAUCCAGACUGACGACCACACACCCAAGUCGCUCGCCCGCCUUGUUAAGGAGCUGGACAGCAACGACGACCUGUACAGGAACCGCAUUGGAUACAAGUAUCCCAAGGACCCAUCACAUCGUCCCACCACCAAGGACCUCUCGCCAUACUUUGUCAGGACAUGGACCAACCCCAAUACCAAUCCACGAAAGGAAGGAAGCUAUCGUCAAGCAUGGCCACCUUCGUUCGAUGAGUCCAUCUGCCGCGUCUGUGAACUCGCACACGACAUCUCUGAAGGGCUUGUGCAGCUGGAUCCAAUGCAGCGGCUCCAAGCGGACACGACGUGCGUCCUCAAGAAGCACUACCAUAUGACAUGGUUUAUAGAGUACCACUGGCGCAUCGCCCUUGCCAUCCUCACAUCCAUGGCCGUCCUUGUGUACUUGCUCACUCGACAACCAGUCAAGCAGUUGUGGAUGCCCCUCGUCAAGUCGGUCCUGCCACAUCGCUGGCGACGGGACAACACCUAUAUGGAGCUGUCCAUUGUCAAAGACGACUUAAUCAACUAG